AUGGACGUUUCGGACCUUAAAAGGAAGGAAAAGUCCAGAGAAGAAGCGAUUCGGAUGGAUUAUGAUGGGAAGCUCCAAGAGAUUCUCGAAAAGGAGGAGAAGAGUAAAGAGUGAGUUCGAAUGAUUAAUUAAAAAUAUUAUUGAAACCAAAAAAUCAAAAAAAAACACAGAUCCAGGACAGCCGCGAAUCAUGGAGACCUCGCGGCGAUGAGAGACGAAAUGUCGCGACUGGAGGAGCGACUUCUCACAGCGAAUCGCGACAAAACCGCCGCGAUCGUUGAGAGAAACGCCAAGAUUGACGCCGCCGCAAUCGCGAACGUUGAGCUGCGACAGCAGGUCGCUGAGCUCAACGCGAAACUUGACGCGUUUGUCAGAGGAUUUGAGAAAUCCUGAAAAAAGUAUUUUCAGAGUGAAUGGUGAAUUGUCGAUUUUUAAGUCACACGAAAGUCAAAAGGAAGCUGAAGUUACUGAGCUUCAUCGGUGAGUCAUACGAAAAUAAUUGAAUAAGUUGUGGAUUUGUGUUCAAAAAUGCUAGGAUUAAGCGUUGGGCCAUUCUAAAUGCGACCAGAUUUGCUACAGAGAAUUUUUUUUCAACUCAGAGAAUGAAAUUUUAAGUUUUUUAGAGCUUCAAUUGAAUAAAACUAUGAGAAAUGACGUCACUGUAAAGCUUUCAAGUGACGUAUUUUUUGAGAAAACUCUUUCCAAAAUAAAAAAAAAAUCAAAUUUUGCUUAUUUUUGUAAACGGAAGCUUAAAUUAGGAACGCCAGAGUGGUCCCUAUAGUGGCGAUCCCAAGGACCAUUUAAGGUUUUCCUCUAGGGGCCACUAAAGAUUUAAAAAGUACAUUAUGAAGACAUUUUAGAUUAAAUCUUUAAAAUUAACGAUUUUCCAGGAAGAUUUCUUCCCUGAUGACGGAGAAAAUCGAUUUGGAGGCUGACCACCGAAGAAAAGAGCGGUCUUGGGAAGUGCGAAUGGGCCAAGUCGAAGAAAAUUUCUCGAAAAAGUUGCUCGAUUUUGAAAUGGCUUUCUCCAGAAAGGAAGAAAUUAUAAAUGGUAUUCGUGAAUUUCCAGCUUUUUCUUGAUUUUUUCGUUUUUUACAGAUUUGAGAAAUAAAUUGGAAGAACUGGGAAGUCUGAAAGAAGCCCUCGAGAACUCAUAUAGAAAUGCGUCCGUUGAAAAAAAGAGACGAGGGUUCGGCUGGAACUUGAAGUCAAGGUUUGGGGAGUUCUAAAAAAAUUAAUAUAAUAAAUAUUUUAGAAACUUUAUCAGAAGAUCGAGAAGCUGAAUGAAGAAAAGGAGGCUCAGAUUUCCAAUAUAAAGAUGGAAAGAGAUCGUUUGGAAUGCUCGGUCGCCGAGUUGAAGUCAGUUGAUUUUUGAAUAUUUUUGUUCGCAUUUGGAAUGGCUCUGAGCAUUGCGGUCGCGCUGCGGCUCAGGCUGAAGUCUUUGUUAGUGAAUGAAGACUUGAAAAUCUAUACGUGAAUUGUUUUUGAUCAAAUACAAACAUCUGGAUGAAAUGAGAAAAAAAUCUCCGGCACUUAAAGCCGCGCGAAAGUCGUUUUCUGGUCGGAUUCAAGUUUUUCGUAACCAUUGAACCAUUCUAAAUGCUGCAAACUUAGUUCAAGUCGAGAUGAGUCUUUCGAAUUUUAUUUUUUAAUUUUUUUCAGAAAGAAGUUAGAAGUUACCCCAGAAACCGUGGCUGAAGCUCAAAAGCUUCGAAAUCAACUCCAAAACUCGGUUUUUUUUCCGUUUUAAAAAUGUGAUAAUUUCUAAGGUUCAGGAAAAGAGACAAAGAGAAGCCAAGGAGAAAUAUCAUUCGGCACUCGGCGAAAUGCAGGCCGCACUGAGAAUGGUUGAGAAACAGCAAAAGAACACUCAAAUCAAGAUCCAACAGUCCAUUUUGUCGAACAGGUCUUUUUCUUGAGUUUAAGUUGUAAUAGUCCAUUCAUCGGUGCUUCUGAACGAGAAAUAGUGUAAAGUGUAGACGUCUAGUUCUCUCAUUUUUCCACACUCCUUCUGGUGUCAUUUAUAGUUUAAUUGAGCAUAAUUUUGAGCAAGUAGGGAGUGAAUUUCAAGCUGAAAAAGGUGUAAAAAUGUCUUGUUUAGAAAACGCUUGUUUGUUUAUUGAAUAUUGAACGACUUUUAGGGAAAAGUUACAUUUUUUGACCAUUUUCCUAUGUAUUUUGUAAAUUUCUUGUAAAUUUUUUUUUUUGAAAGUAUCAGGUACUGAAUCACGGGUGUUGACGUUCGCACUUCUUUGUUUUGUAUUAAAUAAUAAAACAAUUUUCUUCAUAGUUCCAACCUUCACCGCCUUUUUUCAAGCUAACUUGAUAAUUUGGUUCACUCAAGGCCAAAAAGAUUGCUUCUUAUCACAAUUGGUAUACUGAUAAACACGUUUGUAUAGACUGAUAAAAGACUGACAGUGAUCUUGACACGAAAACGAGGAAAAAAAUAAUGAUCAAAAUUGGAGGAAAUUCAAGUUUUGAGAUCGAAAUAGUUUUUGGAAGUGAACAUACUUACUUACUUAGAUACUUAGAUGGUCCAUCUUCGCUUUCGACCUUUUAUUGCCUUUUAGUGCCUUUUAUUGAUCGAAGCGUGGACCACACGUUUUCCAGGAGAUCUUAUGCAAUCGGUCAUCCAGUGUUGUCGUCCUGGUUGACUGGUAUUCUUGCGAAAAAAAUCCAUCCGUGGUGUUGAACGUGUUAUAG